GCUGAGUAUUUCCGCCACCUGCUGAAGCCUGUCACGUAGAUUAGCUUCAGUGCUGCAGUUGAUUUAGAUAAAAAUUUCGUUUUUACUGUCUUUGAGAGAGAGUCGGCGCUCGACGAGCUCUCUGUUUCUUGGUUGGAGAUUUCAGAUUUGUUUUUACUGCAUUGAUGUGGAAAUUUAGUAACUUCAACUCAGGCAAUUCACUCUGGCCUCCUGAUGCUGGACAGCAACAGAACUCAGUUAAUCCUUAUGGCUGUUCUCUCUCUGUCAAUCCAAAUUGCCCAUUACCUGAUUUUGGAACUCAGGAGAGCUUCUUUCCCUUCAAUUCUUCCCUUUACCCGUCAUUGAAUCCUGUUAUUGGAUCUUCUGAACAAGAAGCCAUUACUCAGACAAAGAGGUUCCUUAUUUUCGAUCACUCUAGGGACCAAACUAGCUUGGUUUUUAGCUCGGUAGCUAGUCCAUUUGAGGGCUUCAAUCUGCCUCUACCUGCAAGCAAUACAACCUAUGCAGAUGCUUCCAAUUGCCACGCGAUCGAAGAGGAGGAGAUGCAGGAAGACUCGGAAGAAAUUGAUGCCCUUCUUUACUCGGACUCUGAAUGCAUGGAAGAUGAAGAAACCAGCACAGGGCACUCCCCUUUUGACAUUGCUGAAGAAGACAUUACAAGCUCCCACUUCCCAGCCAAGCGACGCAGAGUAGAUUCUUCUGAGCUGGAUGCAUCUCUCAUAGACACUGCAAGCUCUGCAAUCGCUCCUCACUCCCACUGUACACUCGAAGAAGACGACUUUGGUCCAAGCUCUGCACCCAAAGGCACUUUCAGGAGCAAGCGGGACAAGCAGGAGAGAAUUCAACGCACAGUGAGCGUCCUGAGGAGGAUUAUCCCCGGCGGCAAGGGAAAGAACACUGCUGCUGUGCUCGAUGAAGCCAUUCAAUAUCUGAAAUCGCUCAAGUUAAGAGCCAAGUCCUUCGGUACCUCGUCCUCCUCACUCUAAUAAACUUCGUAUGAACAACUUCUCCCUCCAUGGAUUAAGAACCAGCCAAUAAUCAUAAAGAAAUAAAGUCUCUUGCUGCAGAUGCGUAGCAGAAAGAAAAUGUCUUUUGACUGAGGCAGUUUGGAUCAGAUUCAUAUUGUGUUGUGGUUGGCUCUUCAGGCCUUUUGCUUUAUUAGCGUGUGAGAAGGCAAACUUUCAGCUUUCUCUGUAUGGUGCUCUACCCCCUUGCUACAGGUAGUGGAUAUAGUGUGAUUGUAUGAUGGUUGCUGCUUUCCAUUUAAGCUCUUUGCUGUUCUUGUUUUGGCCAUGGAGAUUGGCGGAAGAAGCAGGUUGUCUGUAUCAUUAUUGAUGAUGGGGAGGGGGACCAGUGGAGAUCGGCCAUGAAGCUUCUAGGGAGGAUUUAAUUGCUUCAUGGCUAGUUAUUUAUGUUAGCGUGUGGCUUUAUAUGUUGUGAUUUUGUGUAAACUUUCUGUGUUUUGAUGUCUGUGCUAUUAUGUUUGUGGUUUGUGUUGAAAACUCUUAUGAUGACUAUGAGUUUUAUAAAUGACAAUCACUAUCAUUGCAGGAAAAUAAAUUUAAGUCUGUCAUUCACUGAGUA